AUGCAUUCACAUCCCAUCGGCCAUAUCUCCAUAGGCGUGAGGAACUACGAGGCAGCCAAGCGCUUCUACGGCGCGACGCUUCCCCUCAUCGGGUUACACCUCGUCUACGACAGCACCACCACCACUCCGUCUCCCUCCUCCGAGGACGAUGGGCCUCGCACUCUAGGGUACGGUCCCGACGCGGACAAUGAGCUGCUCAAUGUCUUCGAGUAUGGUCCCCACGCGUCUGCGCCGGGGCCCGGCAGCCACAUCGCCUUCAACACGGACAGCCGGGACGUCGUCGAUCAGUUCUACGAGGCGGCGAUCCGGAACGGCGGAAAGAGCAAUGGCGGGCCGGGCGUGAGGCCCCAUUACGGAAGGAAUUACUAUGCUGCAUUUGUUAUCGAUCCCGAUGGGUGGAGGUUGGAGGUUGUCUGUAAGGAGGAGGUUGGUGGAGAGGCUACACAAACGGAGCUCGGCAAGAGUGCGGGAAUCCUUUGA